AUGCUCUCAGUGCUUCCUGUUUCUCUCCUUCUUUUACUCUUCGCCUCCCCAGUGUUCUCAGUUCAACCAACAUCAUCUUAUGACUCCUUCAGGGCGUUGUCAUUGCAGAAGCCACAACAGCCAGACAAUCCCAUAUGUUGCUUGAAACCAUUGACGCCGUUGGAGCCUGUCGAUGAUGGCAUUUUGCUCUCGUUUGAAGAGUGGAAAAUGAAACAAUUGGCAACCCAGAGUGCCGGAUUCACCACAGGAACGUUCGAUAAGGACGCGAAUAUAGGUUCUCCACAAGUGGGAGAUGGGGUUCCUGCCAAUGAUGUGGGUAGUACUGGCAGUGAGUCUACUGUCCCACCCGUCGACACUCCAGCACCUUCCGGCUUCAACAGUCCGGAUCAAGUGCCUUCGGGCCCUCACUUCAGAGUUCCUUUGACGGAUAGAUUCAAUUAUGCAAGUUUGGACUGUUCCGCGCGCGUACACACGGCCCAUCGCUCAGCAAAAUCUCCGUCAGCUAUACUUUCGUCAAAGCGAGACCGAUACAUGCUUAGCCCCUGUGACAAGUCCAAGGAAAACCAAUUCGUUGUGGUUGAACUCUGUGACGACAUUCGCAUUGAUACAGUCCAACUUGCCAACUUCGAAUUCUUCAGUGGGGUGUUCAAGGAUUUCACUGUUAGUGUGGCCAAAAACUAUGACCCAGAUGGCUGGACACCUGUUGCGACAUACAGAGCUAAGAAUGUCAGAGGUGUGCAGUCGUUCCAUCCUCCUCGGUCAUUGAGGGAUUUCUAUCGUUUCAUACGCAUUGACUUCCUGUCUAACUACGGAAACGAGUUUUAUUGCCCCGUUUCCCUUCUCCGCGUAUACGGGCUCACUCAUCUCGAGGAAUGGAAGUGGGAUGUUUGGGAAUUGGAGAGUAAAUCGAAGCAGGAAGAACUAAAACGAAAGAGACAGCGUGUCAUCGAACCGAUUGCCAUUCCAGAACCAAUCGUCGUGCCUCACACCGCCGAAUCAAGUAUAAACACCAGCAAUCGCGUUGCCUCAACAGCUGAGGAUAUCGAAAAAAUCACGACGCCUCCGGUCAACGCUGAUGCGGAACGCACUGCAGACACCCCUCCUCCAACCCAAUCGCAAAUUCAGAAUACUUCCAAUAUUUUAUCAAGCCAGCACUCUUAUCGCGAUUCAACAUCCCCCACAGGAAACGAUUAUCAUAAAUCCAUACCAUCUCAAAAGGCAAAUGACGACCUAUUUACGCAAACGGCAGAAACACCUGUACCAUCACCCAUAUCCUCUUCUAUACCAUCUGCGUCUGAUGCCAAUCGUCAAACGCAACAUAUACCACCUUCCAUGCCUGAAUCUUCAUCUACCGGAACAUCGCUAUCGUCACCUCCAUCGCAAGCUAAUAACAAUGUACAAUAUACUGUAGCAUCCUCAUCAUCUGACUCUUCUUCUGGAACACCGAUUAUCAUCACCUCUGGUACCCCAUCCAGUGCGAUCAUCCCUUCCCCUCCUAUGUCAUCUCACCUGGCCGUCAAAGGUGGUGAAAAUAUCUAUCGUACAAUCAUGAAUAGGUUGGCGGAAGUUGAACUCAAUCAAACUCUUUACGUGCGGUAUAUUGAGCAGCAGAAUCUUGCCGUUAGGGAAGCCAUCAAACGGUUGGGAGAGGAUGUAGGCCGAUUAGAAGGAAUAAGUCGAGCCCAAUCCCUGACAUACCAACGAACACUCGCUGAAUGGGAAAAGCAGAGAUAUCAACUGGAAAUGGAGUACGGAGAUCUAGUAUCUAGAAUUGAAUAUUUAUCGCAAGAGAUCAUUUUGGAAAAAAGACUAGGCGUCGCACAACUGUGUCUGCUUCUAGCAGUCCUUAUAUUCCUAGGGCUUACUCGAGGUUCGAGAGCGGAAGCGAUCAUUGAUCACGGGUCGCACAGACUGAACCAAUCUGUGAGAGAAUGGGGGAAACGCCAUUUCAAGCUCAGCGGUGAUUGGGCAGGACGGUUCAAAGGAAAGGAUGCUGUUAAUACAGAGAAACAAAGCAGCUCAAGUCGAAGUCGAAGUCGAAGUCGAAGUCGAAGUACAACCAGUCGAAGUCAAACACCAAUGCCGAGUUCAAGGCCCAAACCUGUGUCGGUCAAAUCAUACCCGCCCCACUUGCCUUUACAUCUGCAAGACGACAACGAUACCAUGAUUACAUUCCCGUCAACAUCGCGCCAAUACAGACACAAAGAGCCUCUUGAAACGAUACAUCUUAACACUGCUCCUGCAUUUUCAGAGAAUCAAAAUCGACCUCGUAAAACUUCGAACCCCCGAUCUCGUGCCCCCUCAUUGCGGUCGACGCCUGCUAGUCGUCGGAAUUACGUGGUCCAUGCAAAGGUUACAACACCAACAGUAGCCAGCUUCCGCCCACAAAUGUUGCAACGUUCCAGUUCGCAUGGAGUAGCCAUGGCACAAACGGGGUCUUGGGGCUCAAUGAGUGUACCCAAAAGCGCCAAAAAGUGGGCAAGAACAGCACAUUUGCAUGAGGUGAAGACUCCUCGAGUUCUAUUUCCCCCCACCACCUCAGCUUUGGCUGCGCGGCGGUCGAAAAAAAUGGGAGAUGAUAUCAGUCCGACGCGACAUAACCGAGAUCAAGAACGAACUCCGAGAGACGCAGGGUCGGAUAGGGAGAAUGAAGGUUUCUUUUCGUUUGCGACCAAGCAGGCGGUUAAUGGAAAGCAGCCAGUUGCUGGCUCGAUGCCCCCGCCUGAUAGUAGUCUUCUGUUCGCUAAGGCAGAGGAUGAUGGAGAUCCAUGGGUGGAUAGUGAUACUACUAGCAUCGAUGGGACAGAAGGGUUUGGUGUAUAG